CAUAUUUAUUAUUUGAUUAUUUCCCUCCAAGAAUUUUACGGAAAUGGAUUCUGAGUCAAAUUUCACCUCCUUCUUUGACAGUUGGCUUACCAGACAAGAGGCUUUUCUCCGGCAGCUGGAAGCGCUGUUGUCGCCGGCCGACGGUUUCGACAGGAACCGGGAAUGCGCCGCGAUAAUUCCGCGGGUUUUCUCUCACUACCAGGAGAUGUACAUGGAGAAGGCCGCGCUCGCCGGCGAAGAUGUCUUCCUCCUGAUGUCCGCGCCUUGGCUCAGCUCUUUCGAGCGGACGUUGGUGUGGAUUUCAGGGUUCCGGCCGUCGAUGCUGUUCCCGAUGAUCGAGACCGCCGUGGCGGAGGAUCUCUCCGACGAGCAGAAGCGGGAGAUCGAGGGGGUGAAGGCGGAGAUACGGCGGAAGGAGAGGGAGAUCAAUCAGAAGAUGGCUAGGGUUCAGGAGACCGUGGCGGAGCCGCCGCUGUGUGGUCUGGUGAAGAAGUUCGGGAGGCUUGUGGACGGGGAGACAACGGAGCUGGAGGCGGCGAUGGUGGAGCUGAAGGCGGCGAUGCUGGUGGUGGUUGGGAACGCCGAUGAGCUGAGGGGGUGGACUGCGGCGGCGGUGGUGGGGAUUCUGAAUCCGGUUCAGGGUGUGAAGUUCUUUGCGGCGGUGGCUCGGUUUCAGCUUCAGGCGAGGAAGUGGGGAGUGGAGAAGGAUCGUCAGAGGUGCCACGUGUCAGCUAAUGGUGUAUUUCUUAAUUAAUUAUUUUCCUGAUUUAUUUAUAUUAGCUUCUUUAUUUUCCCUAAGGUGAGUACGCCACGCGCACUUCUCUUUCGUCUUUUACUCACUAGUGCUAAUUUUGUUCUUAAGUGUUGCUUUCUAUUAAGCUUUGACCAAUUAAUAAAUUACGG